GGGGCUGCGGUGGCCCCGGCGGCCGGACAGGGAUCACACAAUCAGCAAAAGAAGAUACUUUUCUUGGGAGAUGGACAAAAGCUGAAGGACUGGCAUGACAAAGAAGCCAUCAGAAGGGAUGCUCAGCGUGUAGGAAAUGGAGAACAAGGAAGACCGUACCCCAUGACAGACGCUGAGAGAGUGGAUCAGGCGUACCGAGAAAAUGGAUUUAACAUCUACGUCAGCGAUAAGAUCUCCCUGAAUCGCUCUCUCCCUGAUAUUCGGCACCCGAACUGCAACAGCAAGCGCUACCUGGAGACGCUUCCCAACACCAGCAUCAUCAUCCCCUUCCACAAUGAGGGCUGGUCCUCCCUCCUGCGCACCGUCCACAGUGUGCUGAAUGUGAUGUUGUACCGCUCGCCCCCGGAGCUGAUCGCCGAGAUUGUGCUGGUUGAUGACUUCAGUGAUCGAGAGCACCUGAAGAAGCCGCUUGAAGACUACAUGGCCCAUUUCCCCAGCGUGAGGAUUCUCCGAACCAAGAAACGGGAAGGGCUGAUAAGGACCCGGAUGCUGGGGGCCUCAGCGGCAAUUGGGGAUGUCAUCACAUUCUUGGACUCACACUGUGAAGCCAAUGUCAAUUGGCUCCCCCCCUUGCUCGACCGCAUCGCUCGGAACCGCAAGACCAUCGUGUGCCCGAUGAUUGACGUGAUUGACCACGAUGACUUCCGGUAUGAGACCCAGGCGGGGGAUGCCAUGCGGGGCGCCUUUGACUGGGAAAUGUACUACAAGCGGAUCCCAAUCCCUCCGGAACUGCAGAAGGCUGACCCCAGUGACCCAUUUGAGUCUCCCGUGAUGGCCGGUGGACUGUUCGCCGUGGACCGGAAGUGGUUCUGGGAGCUGGGCGGGUACGACCCAGGCCUGGAGAUCUGGGGAGGGGAGCAGUAUGAGAUCUCAUUCAAGGUGUGGAUGUGUGGGGGCCGCAUGGAGGACAUCCCCUGCUCCAGGGUGGGCCACAUCUACAGGAAGUAUGUGCCCUACAAAGUCCCCGCCGGUGUCAGCCUGGCCCGGAACCUGAAGCGCGUGGCCGAAGUGUGGAUGGACGAGUACGCGGAGCACAUCUACCAGCGCCGGCCCGAGUACCGCCACCUCUCCGCCGGGGACGUCGCCGCCCAGAAGAAGCUCCGCAGCUCCCUUAACUGCAAGAGUUUCAAGUGGUUUAUGACCCAGAUCGCCUGGGACCUGCCCAAAUUCUACCCGCCCGUGGAGCCCCCGGCCGCAGCAUGGGGGGAGAUUCGCAGUGUGGGCACAGGGCUGUGUGCGGACACAAAGCAUGGGGCCGCGGGCUCCCCGCUGAGGCUGGAGAGCUGCGUCCGGGGCCGCGGAGAGGCCGCCUGGAACAACAUGCAGGUGUUCACCUUCACCUGGCGGGAGGACAUCCGGCCUGGAGACCCCCAGCACACCAAGAAGUUCUGCUUCGACGCCGUCUCCCACACCAGUCCAGUCACCCUCUACGACUGCCACAGCAUGAAGGGCAACCAGCUGUGGAGAUACCGAAAAGACAAGAGCCUGUACCACCCCGUCAGCGGCAGCUGCAUGGAUUGCAGCGAAAGCGACCACAGGAUCUUCAUGAACAUCUGCAACCCCUCCUCUCCCACCCAGCAGUGGCUGUUUGAACACACCAACGCAACAGUCCUGGAGAAAUUCAAUAGCAACUGAGCCCACAUGUCUCCGCCGCAGGCCUGGCGGGUCCUCCCUGCCGCUCCCUGCGGCCUUCCUCUUCCCGGAGAGGCAGGGCUCCCGUGGGCACCGCGAUGCCAAGGUGCUGGCCAACUGGCUCGGGGCAGAGCUGGAACCCGGUGACUGCCUGGUCCUGAGGCCCUGAGCGGCGGAGGGGGUGUGGACAGCAGAGCCCACAGCGGCCCCAGGAGAUGCAGAGCCUGCUUUCACCCGAUGGCACCGUGCAAGUCCAGGCGGGCCUCUGCAGCCUGGGCACCACGUUCCCUUGAGCAUCAUGCGGGAGAAAGGCCAGGGCAGCCCCAGGCCACUCACCAGUGAGGCUCGUAUAUGACAGUCCUUUAGAAAGAGGCAAUUUUGCCUGUUCAAGGCAGCUGUUAGCACAUGACCACCCAUUUGCAGCAGGAGAGAAGGGGCUGCUGGUGUCAGCCUUGUAGUGCUUGCUGGUCGUGGGGGUAAGUGCAGUUUGCUUCCGGUCUCUGUCACAGCCCCAGGGAACGCAGCCGGGCCCUCAGCGUGUUCCGCCCUGAACACGGCAGCUGCCAGGCCUGGGAUCAGAUGCUGGACCCUCAGACAUUCCUUUGCAAUGUGGACAUACACUCCUUGCUCUCUGGGUACUGGAAAUGCCCAUUUAGCGCCCUCCAGGCACAAGGACAGCCCAGCCAUCAGUUUUUAGGGCUGUUUCCGAUGGCCUUG